UUAGGGUUUUUACAAAUUAAAUUAAGAAAGAAUCAAUUCUUCCAAACUUUUUCUUUCUCUCUCUUUCUCCAUCACUUUCUCUCUCUUUCUUUCAAUUUCCCAGUUUUCUUAGGAAAUUUGCAAUGGAGAUGAUGGCGAGCUCAAACGAUGUCGUUUUGCGGAGUUUUGUGCUUGAGACUGUUGCUACUGUUGCUGCUCAGUCUCUCUCCUUUGCCCUUGUUAUGCUAGGAUCUUUGCCACGAGGUGAUAUUGUGCUGCCACAGGAACCUGCUUUGUUCAAUUGGCUUCCAUUAUCCGAGUUCCACCAUUCUGAAAAGCCUGAUUCAGAGAAUAAAGAUGCAGACGAAGAGGAUGAUGACGACGAUGAUGACGACGCUGAAGGUGAUGAGAAGGCUGGUGGUGAAGAAGGUGGUGAGGACGAAGGUGAGGAGGUGAACGAUGAGGAAGAGCCAGAGGCCAAUGGAGAAGGAGUUGAAGGGGAGGGAGAAGAUGAUGAUGACGAUGAGGAGGAAGAUGAUGAUGAUGACGACGACGACGAUGAUGAUGAGGAUGGUGGAGAAGAAGACGAGGAAGAAGAAGAUGAAGAAGAGGGAGAGGAGCCACCAUCUAAGAAGAGGAAAGGAGCUUAAUAGAGAAACCCCUUUUAACACUUUUUUAUUCCUUUUCAAUUUUCUUUUCAAGGGGUGAGGAUUCUGAAAAAUGUUGGGUAGCCUUUGUUCAAAUGCGAGGAUUAAGCUUGUUACGAAUGUAGAAAAAAAAAAUUAUUGAAGUGUUGAUGUAUUAACCCAUGUGAUGUUACCAAUUUUAGAAAAUAAUUACUUUUUUUUAGUGUACCACUUCAUGUUUUUAGCAAUAAUAUAAUACUCUUCCCCGUUUCUUCA